AUAACGAGGAACUUGCUCCGGAAAGUGAUGUAAAUUAUGUUGAGAAAGCAAAGCUAAGCUGUGACUUUGAAAUCGUUGACUAAUAAAUUGGAUAAGCUGGUAUAUACCGUUAGAUGCUGGGGUUGGUUUCAGAGAUUUCUAUGAGUCAUAUGCACACUGCUAAAACUAUAUAGCAGCCCUUUCUCCUCAUUAUUCUUCACCCCCAACAGAACACCAACUCCAUCAAUUUCUCUCUCUGCUCUCUCUGCUCUCCUCCCCUUUGAAUUCAAGAAGGAAAUUGUUGGACGAAGACCUGUAAAAUAUAAAAAGUGACAAGAUCCUGCCGCCAUGGCUAAAAACCAAUUGGGAGUGCUUAAUGCACUCGAUGUGGCCAAGACACAAUGGUACCAUUUCACCGCAAUUGUGAUUGCUGGAAUGGGGUUUUUCACAGAUGCAUACGACUUGUUUUGCGUCUCCCUUGUCACGAAGUUACUCGGCCGCAUAUACUACACAGUACCAGCUAUUCCUAAUGUGACAGGUAAGCCUGGUUCAUUGCCUCCUAAUGUGGCUGAUGCUGUUAACGGUGUCGCUCUUUGUGGCACUCUUGCUGGUCAGCUUUUCUUCGGUUGGCUUGGUGACAAAUUGGGAAGAAAGAAAGUGUAUGGUAUAACCCUUAUUCUCAUGGUAGUCUGUUCCAUUGGCUCUGGGCUCUCCUUUGGAAAGAAACGAGAAGGUGUCAUAGCCACUUUGUGUUUCUUCCGGUUUUGGCUUGGAUUUGGCAUUGGUGGUGAUUAUCCUCUUUCCGCUACAAUUAUGUCAGAAUAUGCGAACAAAAAGACUCGUGGGGCGUUUAUUGCUGCAGUGUUUGCCAUGCAGGGAUUUGGAAUUUUGGGCGGUGGGAUUGUUGCUUUAAUAGUUUCAAGCGCGUUCAGAAACAAAUACGACUCACCAUCAUUCAACGAAAAUCCGGGCCUCUCCUUGCCUGAACAAUCUGAUUAUGUAUGGCGCAUAAUUGUCAUGUUUGGGGCUGUCCCAGCAGCUCUCACAUACUACUGGCGUAUGAAAAUGCCCGAGACAGCUCGUUACACUGCUCUUGUUGCCAAGAACGCAAAACAGGCUGCUGCAGACAUGUCUAUGGUGCUACAAGUUACUCUUGAUGCUGAAGAGGAGAAGGUGGAGAGGAUGGCUCAGGAGCCAUCAAAUUCCUUUGGUUUAUUCUCCAAGGAAUUCGCCAAACGCCACGGGCGUCACUUGCUUGGAACAACUGCUACUUGGUUCUUGCUGGACAUUGCAUUCUACAGCCAAAAUCUUUUCCAAAAGGAUAUCUUCUCCGCUAUUGGAUGGAUUCCACCAGCAGGGUCAAUGAGCGCACUUGACGAGGUUUUCAAGAUUGCAAAGGCACAAACACUUAUAGCAUUGUGCAGUACCGUGCCUGGAUAUUGGUUCACAGUGGCAUUUAUUGAUCAUCUUGGACGGUUCACAAUCCAAUUGAUGGGUUUCUUUUUCAUGACUGUGUUUAUGUUUGCGAUAGGUAUCCCUUACCAUCAUUGGACUCUAAAACCCAACCAUCUCGGCUUCGUGGUAAUGUACUCCUUCACAUUUUUCUUCGCCAACUUCGGACCAAACGCUACGACGUUUAUUGUGCCAGCAGAAAUUUUCCCUGCAAGACUAAGGUCUACAUGUCAUGGAAUAUCAGCCGCAUGUGGUAAGGCAGGGGCUAUAGUUGGCGCCUUUGGAUUCUUGUAUGCUGCACAAAGCCAAGACCCUGCCAAAGUAGACGCUGGGUACCCUACUGGUAUCGGGGUGAAGAAUUCGCUUAUUGCGCUUGGCUGUAUUAACUUCUUGGGAAUGUUGUUUACCUUUUUGGUGCCAGAACCUAAGGGAAAAUCAUUGGAGGAGAUUACUGGUGAGGACGACGGUGAAGGGGGUGAGACAGAGACUGGCACUAGUAGAACUAGGACUGCUCCAGUUUGAUUUGGUUUUGAUUACUGAAAGAAUUCAUCUCAGAUUUACAUGAAGGGUAGCUUUGAUUUGUGGUUUUCAAAUUUAUAAGCUUAUAUGAUCUAUAUGCAAUAAUGCUGUAGAUAUUUGCUUUGUACUGCUUUAAUUCAAAAGCGUUAUCCGUACCGGUGUGUUUGUAUUUGUUUUUCCUUUGAAAUAUAUGUACUGUGUAGUGAUUUCUCGGCCUAUGCCUCAA